GAGUGUCUGCAGUUGGGAGCUGAUGUGAUUUCUUCAGAUGCCCCCUUGCUUAGUGUGGAUGACCUUGCAGACCAGGUGGUCGAAGUGCUCGAUUUCUUUGGGUUGAAAGAAGUGCUGUGCUUGGGUGUAACAGCUGGUGCUUAUAUCCUUACACUCUUUGCAAUGAAGUAUCAAGAACGGGUGCUUGGGUUAAUUCUUGUGUCUCCUAUCUGCAAAGUACCUUCAUGGACUGAAUGGAUUUACAACAAGGUAUUGUUGAACUUGCUAUACUUUUAUGGCAUGUGUGAUAUAGUAAAGGAAUGCCUACUGCAGCGUUACUUCAGUAAGGAGCUUAGGUCUGGCAUACACGGUGGAGAGUCAGAUGUUAUAGAAGCUUGCCAAAGGUUAUUGGAUGAAAGACAAAGUUCGAAUGUCUUGCGGUUCCUUCAAGCAACUAAUGAGAGGCACGACCUUACCCAGGGCUUGAAGAAUUUGCAGUGUAAGACUCUUAUUUUUGUGGGUGAAAGAAGUCCAUUCCAUGCUGAAUCCGUCUAUAUGAAUGCCAAAAUGAACCGAAGAAGUUGUGCUCUUGUUGAGGUUCAGGCAUGCGGCUCGCUGGUAACAGAAGAGCACCCAUACGCAAUGAUAACUCCGAUUGAACUCUUCCUCAGGGGUUUUGGGUACUACAGACAACCACAUUUUACUUCCUCUUCAAGCAACGACUCGAAUCCCACCAGCCCCUCAAAAAUCAAUUCAUGCAUAGCGCCCGAACUUCUUUCUCCUGAGAGCCUGGGAAUCAAGCUCAAACCGAUCAAAACACGGGUAGCCAUCGAAGUUUGAUGCGCGUGUGAAUGCAUGUAUAUGGCAGUAUAAUUUCCUUUGGAUAGUAGCAAAUUCUUUGAAUGUAGGUUUGUCUAUAUGAGAGAAAAAUUAGAUGGUUGGGGGGGGGGGGGGGGUAUUAGGAGAAUUCUUUGAAUUGUAUGCGCCAUUCAUUUGUAUACAUUUUUAUCUUUUGAAUUGUAUUUUAAUUUUCCUCGACCCUUGCAAUUCUGGGAGCCUUGUUGGCUUGGGGUCGUCUUUUUUUAAUUGUAUUUUAAUUUUGUAAGAAGUUGACAACAUAUCCUGCAAUGGAGAUUUAGAAAAGACAAUUCUUCCGCAA